AUGCUUGGAACCACCAGUUUCCUCCAUGUGUGCAGGAGGUUAAUCCACAAUAAUGCUCAAAACACUGAGUUGCUACAGAAAGGGUUGCAUGUCCACACAUGCUCUUGCAUCUACCCACCCGCUUCGAUACGGCAUGACUGUGCAUCUCAGAGGAAAGGCUGUGCAGUGUGCACCACUUCAGUGGAAUUUAAGAAAUUGACUCCUGAAAAUGGUCUCAUAAAGAUCCACCAGGUGAGAAGAGUGAUGACCAUCCUUUUCCUUACUAUGGUUAUUUCAUACUUUGGUUGCAUGAAGGCUGCCCCCAUGAAAGAAGCAAACUUCCGAGGACAAGGCAGCUUGGUCUACCCAGGUAUGCGGACCCAUGGGACUCUGGAGAGCGCGAAUGGGCCCAAGGCAGGUGCAAGAGACCUGGCAUUGGCUAACACUUUUGAACACAUGAUAGAAGAGCUGUUGGACGAGGACCAGAAAGUUCGUCCCCAUGACGAAACCCCUAAGGACGCGGACUUGUAUACUUCUCGAGUGAUGCUCAGUAGUCAAGUGCCUUUGGAGCCUCCUCUUCUCUUUCUGCUUGAGGAAUACAAAAAUUACCUGGAUGCUGCAAACAUGUCGAUGAGGGUCCGGCGCCACUCUGACCCUGCCCGCCGUGGGGAGCUGAGCGUGUGCGACAGUGUUAGCCAGUGGGUGACAGCAGCAGAUAAAAAGACUGCAGUGGACAUGUCGGGCGGGACGGUCACCGUCCUUGAAAAAGUACCUGUAUCCAAAGGUCAACUGAAGCAGUACUUCUACGAGACCAGGUGCAAUCCGCUGGGUUUCACGAAGGAGGGCUGCAGGGGCAUAGACAAAAGGCAUUGGAACUCCCAGUGCCGAACUACCCAAUCGUACGUGCGGGCACUAACCAUGGAUAACAAAAAGAGAAUUGGCUGGCGAUUUAUAAGGAUAGACACUUCUUGUGUAUGUACAUUGACCAUUAAAAGGGGAAGAUAGUGGAUUUAUGUUGUAUAGAUUAUAUUGAGACAAAAAUUAUCUAUUUGUAUAUACACAUAACAGGGUAAAUUAUUCAGUUAAGAAAAAAAUAAUUUUAUGAACUGCAUGUAUAAAGGAAGUUUAUACAGUACAGUGGUUCUACAAUCUAUUUAUUGGACACAUCCAUGACCAGAAGGGAAACAGUCAUUUUUGCGCACAACUUUAAAAAGUCUGCAUUACAUUCCUUAAUAAUGUGGUUUGUUGCCGUUGCCAAGAAUUGAAAACGUAAAAAGUUUAAAAACUAAUAAUAAAUUGCAUGCUGCUUUAAUUGUGAAUUGAUAAUAAACUGUCCUCUUUCAGAAAACAAACAAAUACCAACAAAAAUUUGAACCAAAACAUUCCGUUUACAUUUUAGACAGUAAGUAUCUUCGUUCUUGUUAGUAUCACAUCUGUUUUGCUGCUUUUAACUUCUGAUAGCAUUGGAAUUAAAACAAUGUCAAGGUGCUGUUGUCAUCGCUUUACUGGCUUAAGGGGUAAGGGAUGGGAGGGGUAUAUUUUUGUUUGUUUUGUGUUUUUUGUUUUUGUUUGGUUUUGUUUUGUUUCUUUCAGUUCCCACAGGGAAUAAAGAUGGAGAAAGAAUUCCUUCAAUAUACAUUCUGAUUGAUGAGUCACUUAUGUAUUGUAUGGAUAUUUGCUAUAUCAAUCUGAAAAGUGAAUAAAAAUUAAGGCAAUUGAACUAAACGUUGACCCCCACUUCCCAUCAUGCAUCUUAUAAGGGCCCUCUCACUCUCACUCAGGUCCUCUCCCUCCUUGGUCAGGGGAAAAUUAUUUUGUUGGAAAGAUCUGCAUUUACUUAAAGCAUAUUAUCCCCCCCAAACCCUUUUGAUUCCCCUCUUUAUUUUAUUUUCUCUUGAGGAAGAAAAAUUAGUUUUGUGCCCUUGGAAAUAUUUUACCAAUAUUAUGAACAAGUGAGCAAAUUUGUCAUACCAUGUCUCUGACAAUAAGCUUAGAAAACAGUGAUUUCUUUCUUUCUUUUUUUUUUUUUUAAGUAAAGGAGCAACAACAACUUUUUUUUAUGAGGGGUAAACAUUUGGGUAAAUCAUUAUACAGCAUAAAGAAAAAAUUGUGGUAAGGCUUCAAAUGUCUUUCAAGUAAAGAUGGAGUUCUGUAUGGGCCCAGAAACACCUAGAUUAGAGCAGGAGUCCACACUUCCAGUGAAAUGAGACUGAACAGCUAAAGGGAAGCUGUGUAGAGUGGAUAGAUCACUUCCCCUCAAUGCAGGAGGAAUUUAUGAGUGGCCAUCCUGAGGUCUAGGUUGGGGUUUGAAAUGAUACUUGAGACAUUCCAAGAGGACGGCCUCUGGAGUGCCCAUUAGAAGUGGCCCUGGAAUGACAUGUGUCAAGUUGCUUGGACCUCGCGUUUUAAGUUUUUAAGUGCCUACAUUAUCUAACUGUGCUAAGAGGUUCUCGCUGGAGGACCACGCUCAAGUCAGUUUAUGCCUUCCACCCCUGAAUAGUAUUAGAUAAUGCUGGACUAACUUGGAGCAGGUUCAGAACCUCAUGUGGAUUUGUGAUCAUGAGGCUCAUAUGAUGGUAUAGAAGCUAUUUGCUACACAAACACUUAACUGUUUUGAAAUUAGGACUUUGAGGAAACCAGGGUUUUUGUCCUUUGGGAAUUUUGGGUAAGGGGAAAUGUAAUAGGAGAAGACUCCCCUGCCAUAUCCCAAACUCAGGUUAGAUGAUUAAGGCUACUGAUAUAAAGUCUUGUCCAGAAAGAAGAUUUUAGGAAGGUGCCUUCACAUUCAGGACACUCCACAGCUUGAAGGUAUCUUGCUUAAUGGAGGAGGAGACAGGAUAGAAUUUAAUUCCCACUCAAGGUCACAGUCAUCUCCUACCCAUCUUGGCUGUUCAUGCAGAAGAGCCAUUCUUCACCUCUGCUAUAGUGGGUUAGGAGAAGCAAAGUUAGAAUCCUAGAAUAGUGACCCUAGGAAAUACAGACACCAGUGAAAAGUAGUGCUAAACCCAUUCAAACACUGUGCAAUCCUGAAAAUGUCCUGGAACGGUGUAUCAGAAAACCUCACAAAAUUGCUGCAUCUUCAUGUAGGAUAAGGGAUAAACAAAGGAAGAUGUCUACCAUGACCAGAGAAUGAAGAAACUAUCAACAAAUAAUUUCUUGUUUGUUCAGUCUUUCAUUUAGAACCAGCCUGUCUUUUACAGUACCAUUGGAAUACCUAUCUUCAACAGAAGGAAAGCUUUAUGUAGUAUAGGUUUGUUUUGUUAUUUCAAAAAUACUCUUUGUAUUUUAACAUGUAAUGAAUACUUGGAAUAUAUGCUGUACACUCGUUUUUGCAUCCUCUUCUUAGGGGGAUAAAUUUAUUAAAAACAGUAACAAGCAAAAAAAAAAAAAAAAAAAAAAAAACUAGUCCCUAUCACAGCCACAAAGUGCUGAGGUUUUCAAGGCCUGAUACUGGCAGAGUAGGGGACAAUCAGCAAUGGUGUAGCCAGUGGCUUUCUUUUACCCAAGAAGAUACAUCUCAGUCACAUGCUUGGUGGUUUAUGUUGACCCAAGAUUUAUUUCAUUAAAAAUAUUUCUCUGUUGCUGUUCAUUUUUGUUCUGUUUUGUUUUGUUUCUUAAAGCCUUGCUGUGGUCUCUUUGUGGCAGAAGUGUUUCUUGCAUGGCAGCAGGCCUGUUGCUUUUUUUAUGGUGAUUCCCAUUGAAAAUGUAAGUAAAUGUCUGUGGCCUUGUUCUCUCUAUGGUAAAGAUAUUAUUCACCAUGUAAAACAAAAAAAUAUUUAUUGUAUUUUAGUAUAUUUAUAUAAUUAUGUUAUUGAAAAAAAUUGGCAUUAAAACUUAACCUCAUCAGAAGCCUAUUGUAAAUACAAGUUCUAUUUAAGUGUACUAAUUAACAUAUAAUAUAUGUUUUAAAUAUAGAAUUUUUAAUGUUUUUAAAUAUAUUUUCAAAGUACAUAAAAUCUGGGGGUUCUGGGUUUUUUUUCUUUUCACUGUAAAACAAACAUGAAAAAGUGUUUAAUUAAAAUACGUGUGUUCCUUGCUUUAA